GUAGAGUAGCGGCGGGUAUUCGUCAACACCUGUUUUUCAGUCAUACAGAAUUUUUGUUGGCUUCCGUGAAAAUUUAGUUUAUUAUCAUUUAGUUGGUGAUUUUUUAUUCAUAUUCUCUCAGAGAGCAGAAGUCUUAUUCGAACACCAGGGUAUCAAUAAUGCCUAAAACUACGGUCGUGGAUAAAAAACGCAAAAAGUGGAAUGAAGAGAAUAUGCGGAAAGCAGUGAUAGCAGUCAGGUGCAAACAAAUGAGUUAUUUAAAACAUACAAUGUUCCUCGAGCUACACUUUUCAGGCUGUGCAAAAAGAAAAUGGAGCCUGAAGUCGUGUGCCGUACCAAACUAGGCC